AUUGAGUGAAAUUAUAUUGUAAUGUUGGUCAUCCUGUGUAAACAAAUCAGCUGACAUUUGCAGAUGAGUGACUUCUGUUGCUGCUUGUAGAUUGAGAUGAAAACGAAUUGUCACACAUGGCAGAUGUUACUGCACAACGAAUGCUAAAGAAAAGGUUCUUAAACCGAAGAUUUUUGAUCCAGGCAGUACUUGUGACCUUUCUAUUUGGCUGUGUGGUGAUGUAUUACUGUCCCAUGGCACUGAGACAAUUGUCUUUCUACAAAAGUUCAUACAAAACUGAUAUAAUAAAUCUCAACCAUCUUAUGAAACGGGAAUUUUAUGAACAGAACUGUUUUGAAGGACGGCUUGAGCAUACGCUAGCCAAACUACCUGAUAAUCUUUUAAAAUGGUCUAAAGCUUAUCACAGAACAUGCCAAAUACUAUGGAAGAAAUUUCAUACAAUUUAUGUAGUGAAUGUGCGGGAAGGAAAACAAAAUUUCCCACAAAAUUUUAUCAAAGUAGUACGCCACUGGCUGGCAGAUAAUGAGGAACUCUUGAAAGAAGCAUAUAAUCAGAAUGUCAUACAAGUCAGUAACUAUUACAGCCUUGAACAAACAGUAUUUAAUCUUCUCCGUUCAAAACGUCCAACCUCAAAAACAAAUGAAGAUAUACGAGAUUACGUAAAGAGACUGGCUGUUCAGACAAAGAAAAUGUGUGAUUUCUGUCAGUAUAAAACAAGAACUGCUGAAGAUAUAUUUGGAAGAGUUGAGGGACUAUAUUCUGUCAGUGCAUCCAACACUUUCAAGCUUGAGAAGUGGCAUAGCUUAUUCUUGAGUAAGAAACACGAUCCAACAGACCUCACAGAAGAAGAGUUUUUGGAUCUUUUCAACACAUCACUGAAGUGGUUUAAGAAGGCACAUUCACUUGACAAGGAUUCAUGCUAUCCAAUGAUGAUCUAUGACACACUGCCAAAGGGGGGAGCAAGCCAGUUUCAUCCACAUGCCCAUGGUUUCUUGGCAUCCCAGUACCUCAGUCAUAUGGGUAUUCAGCACAAAGCUGCUAUCAGUUACAAAGACGAAAAUGACAGUGAAUACUGGAAUGACUUAAUAGAGUUACAUCAUGCUCUUGGGCUUUCAGUCAUGUUAGGUGAUGCAGUUGCAAUAUCACCAUUGACUCCUGUGAGGGAACACGAGAUCAUUAUUUUAAGCACUUACCCAGGGACAGACCUGUUUCGCCUUUUCUACUAUGUCAUACAGACAUACUACCAUAAGCUGGAACGCAUGUGUUUCAGUACAGGAUUAGGAUUUCCUGUUAUGCGCCCAAGUAUCACAACUCUCCCAGCAAUUAUUCGUAUUGGAACACGAGGACAGUGCAACUCUCACACAAAUGAUGUCAGCUCUUUGGAGCUCUAUAUGAUGCAGAAUGUGCAUGUGGACCCUUACAUAAUUAUUAGAGAUUUACAAGAAACCGUAGAGAAAUUAAUGAAGACUAGCUCAUUGGGCAAUGAGAUGGUAAAACUUAAUUAUGAUUAAGUUUUAAUUUCCUGUGAGUUUCUGUGCUUACAGUUGCUUUUGUAUGUGAUUGUGAUGUUUUACAGUGGUCAUUUUAUUUGUAUUACGUGUAUGUAUUAUUUUCAUAUUUUGUCUUUCACAGAUUUCUGUUACAGUAUUUACAACUAAUAUAACAUUUUAUUCUUUAUGUAAUACUAUUGUCAUGCAGCCAAAACUUUCAACAAAUCCUCAUAUGUCAAGACGUUUUCUAUUCUGUACCUAGUGUUUACCCCUAGAAUUUUGCAGUCGGUUCAAGCGAGCAAAGAAUAAAUUUUGUUUUGCAAGAA